CGCUGGUUUCCUUACUUCCCAGGUGUGUAGCGGAGUUUGGGGCUCGCCGCGUUUGCAGUUGUCAGUCUCCUCCUGAACCAGUAGAAGAAAAAGACUCAGAAUGUGGCUUUUAGAGAAAAUCCGGGGCUCGGUGGACAAUAGUGGUUCUCGCGGCAACGACUCGGCAGACAAGCAGUCCAAAGGACCCUUGUACAGCAAUGUCCUGACGCCGGAUAAAAUCCCGGAUUUUUUCAUUCCGCCCAAGUUGCCGACGGUGCCUCCUGAGGCAGACGAAGGGAACACCAAACCCAACCUGGGCACUUCGGCCUCCGAGCAGAAUUUAUCUGCCCGCAAAACUCCGCGCAGCCCUCGCUUGCCGGUGAAGGCCGUCUCGGAGAGCAAGAAUCUUUUAAAAGCCGCCAGCCGACACAUCAUCCAGAUCGAGAGCGCAGAUGAGUGUAUGUCUGAGGAGGACUACAGUACCAACGCAGACCCACAGUCCCAGACGGCCAUGUCGCUGCCGUAUGUCCCCAAAGCACAGACCUCGUACGGCUUCGCAACGCUGAUGGAGAGUCCUCACACCCGCCGUAAGGAAUCUCUUUUCCAUAGCGAGCACACUAGCCUGUGCCCAUCCCAGUCCUCCUCGCCCAGUUCUCAACGGAGGUCCACCUCAGGAGGGAGCAAGACCAAUGGAGAGAGCGCUCACCUGAACCCCUCGGACAUCAGUAUGUCCCUCAUGAAUCCCUACCGCUACUUCAGUGGAGGAGAGAGCGACACCUGUUCCUCCGCGGAGUCCUCUCCCUUCGGCUCCCCGCUGCUGUCGAGGUCGGUAUCCCUCCUCAAGAUCUUCAGCCAGGAGAGUCAAUCCAAGGUCAUCAAACUCAAACACUCGGUGGCUCGCAACAGUUCCUUGUCCACUGACGACAGCUCGGCCGACACCAGUCCCAGCUCCCAGCGCCGCAUGCGCUGUGCGACCCCUCCAACUGGGGGAGCCACCGGCGGGGUGCAACCACAGCCUCUCACCCCCGCAGACCCCCAAGACAGAUUUCACAAGGAACACGUGCUCAGUUUUAGCAAAGGAGGCACCAUCCGCUUGGUGGUCCAUUACAACCCGUCCAACGCCAGGCUGCGGGUGCGCGUGGUGGCCGCCGAAGACCUCUACGACAAGCACUGUGAUAUCAGGAGCAUCAACUGUUGCGCGGCUCUCUAUUUAAACCCCGGCAAGGUGCAGAAGCAACGGAGCACGAUUAUCAAGAAUAGUCGCAACCCCAUCUUCAACGAAGAUUUCUUUUUCGACGGGCUGGGCCUCAGCAACGUGAGGAAAAUGUCUCUCAAGGUCAAAGUGGUUAACAAAGGCAGCAGUCUCAAACGUGACACCUUGAUGGGCGAGAAGGAACUGCCCCUCACUUCCUUGCUUCCCUUUUUAUAAGGUCUCCCCUCUCCUUUAUCUGUGGCCUGCCGCUAAUCUCAGUCGGCUUCUUUCCUGUUCUGCAAACUGGGAGGGGUUGGAGGUCUGGUCUGCUCACGCAGAUUCCUCCAAGGUCAGUCAGCAUUUCUGUGAAAUGGGUGUUGCAUGUUUGAGGUCCACGAAAGGGGCAUCCCAGCAUUUUUGCAUGAAACCUCAGUAGCUUGCUGCGUGACCCUAUUUUCUUAGAAGGUCUGGAUAUUCUUUGUCUCUUUGGGUCAAGGUGUGUCCCUUGGUCACUGCGAGCCGAUCUUCUUUCACGGUUACCUUGUUGGAGGUAGAGCGGAAGAGGGCCUGGGAAUGUGACGGGAAGCAGGAAGGUUCCUUCCAAUGGGUUUUCCCUCAGCAUAGGAGGCGGCUGCAUGAACAAACCAGGUUUCCACCCUGUUUUUCGAGCCUCUUCCUCACAAAUGCAUGCCGAGAACCUGAGAAUGUAUCCCCUUAAGAUGCAUGCUGGUUGCAUUCAAUUCUGUCGUGUCGUUGAGCAAGGGCCAAUCCGUUGGAAGGUGAUCUAAACAGCCCGCUUGGCUUCUGCAACAGGGACAUGAUCACUUUCUUCCUGGCUCAUCCAGGAAACUCGUUUGCUCCCCAAAUGGUUGCAAAUUCCAAUUUCUGAUUUGGAAGCUGGGGUCAACAUGUGCUUUCUGAAGGAAGUGGACGGGGAGAAUGAGCUGGGCCGAGAAGAGCUUCUGAAAGCCAGCUGAUCAUCCAGCGAUUGCCCCAAAAGGCUGUUUUGCAAGAUUUGCGAGAUUGGAUAGAGACCCUGCCUCCCUGCUCUGCUGGACUUCAGUGGAAAUGGCAGCAAUCGGAGCGAUGUCCGAUAUGAACUUUCAACCCGGAGGCAAAAAAAAAAAAGGACUUAUGGACAUUGCGCUGUCUGGACAGUAGAUCGAAAUGAAAGAAAAAAUACGGAGAGAUAACAAGGGAAAGAGGAAAAUAUGGAGAGGGGGCUGUGAUUAUUUUUUUUAAUGUUUUGAUAAUUCUGGCCUGAGAGACCC